UCGAAUUCAUGCUUUCUUUGUUGUCUUUCACAGGUUGACCGUCUUGUGAUCCUGCACGAAGAGGCCGAGGAUGGGAACGCAAUGCCGGAUCUGUCGCGGCCCGUCGGCGCCGUUAGCAACGCCGUCGCCAACCUCAUUAAGGUCGGUCGUGAAACGAUCAACAGCAGCGACGAUGCCAUCCUGCGACAGGACAUGCCAGCGUCGCUGCACCGCGUUGAAGAAGCCUCACGAUUGCUGGAGGACGCUUGCCGCAUGCUUCGAGCUGAUCCCUUCUCCCAACCCGCGAGGCGUAAGUUGAUCGACGGUGCACGAGGCAUUUUGCAGGGCACUUCCUCGUUGUUGUUGUGCUUCGACGAGAGUGAAGUGCGGAAGAUCAUCAAGGAGUGCAAAAAGGUUUUGGACUACUUGGCUGUGGCUGGAGUUAUAGAAGACAUGGAGGACCUGGUGGAGUUCGUGAAAGGCAUUUCUCCUUGCCUGACAAAGGGCACUUCCUCGUUGUUGUUGUGCUUCGACGAGAGUGAAGUGCGGAAGAUCAUCAAGGAGUGCAAAAAGGUUUUGGACUACUUGGCUGUGGCUGGAGUUAUAGAAGACAUGGAGGACCUGGUGGAGUUCGUGAAAGGCAUUUCUCCUUGCCUGACAAAGGUCGGGGAAAAUGCCGACGAAGAUCGUCGCUGA